UGAAGACCAUGUGACUAAGAGCAUUUCCCUGCUGGACACGACCCUGACCUCGGGGUUGCUGAAAGAGAGGAUCUUAACUGACUGUCUGACAGAGCCAGCAAGGAUGGACAAGCCCAAAAGACACAUGACUGAAAUUAUAUUUAACCUCACCCUAGAGAUAAUGUACCUGCUAACUGGAGAGGAUUACAUAGUAGUGAAGAAGAUCUAUGAUGAAGGUGAAGGAUGGAGCAGGAGCCAGAUCCGAAUCAUGAAGCCUCCACCUGACUCACUGAUGAAUGAGAAAAAGAUCCUAGACCUCACCAACAAGAUCACGGAGCUGCUGACUGGAGAGGUUCCUAUAAGGAGUCAGAAUGUCGCUGUCUAUUUCUCCAUGGAGGAGUGGGAGUAUGUGGAAGAACACAAGGAUCUGUACAAGGAUAUUGUGAUGGAGAAUCACCAGUUCUUCACAUCAUUAUAUGGAUUUCCUAUGGAGAACAUACCAGACAGAGUCUCCAGUCCUCUUCUGAUACACAGUUGUUCAGAAGAAAAUCAAAAUGUCCUACAGAAUCAUAAGGUUGAACAACUGGCUGAUAUUAAAUGUGAAACUAUAAAAGAAGAAAAAGAAAUAUAUGUGGAAGAUAGCCAUGAGUGUAAGGUGAAGGAAACUCCUACAUAUAUCGGCACAGAUAACUUUCCCAAAAACUUGGAGGGACAUCUCAAUUUAUACCUAGAUUAUAAAAUAGAAUAUAAUGAUAUUGUACAAGGUUAUUCUGGAGAACAUUCUAUCACUUCAACAUCAGUCCUUCACAGAAGAGAUGUAUCUACUGAUCCCAAUACUUAUGAAGAAUCUUUAUCUGAUCAGUCACUAAAUGAUCACCGAGUUACAGGUCAUGGAGAGAGUGAAAUAUUUACAUGCUCUGAAUGUGGAAAGAAUUUUAAGACAAAAUGUAGUCUUUAUAGACAUAAGAAAAUGCACAAAAAUGAAAGGCCAUUUUUAUGUUCUGAAUGUGGGAAAUGUUUUAUUCAGAGAUCACAUCUUGUUCAACAUCAGAAAAAUCAUAGAGGAGAGAAACCAUUUUCAUGCACUGAAUGCGGUAAAUGUUUUACCCAGAAAUCAAGUCUCAGUGACCACCAGAGAAUUCACACAGGAGAGAAGCCAUUUUCAUGUUUGGAGUGUGGGAAAUGUUUUACCUAUAAAUCAAGUCUUGUUGACCAUCGACGAACUCACACAGGAGAGAAACCAUAUUCUUGUAUGGAAUGUGGGAAAUGUUUUACGAGGAAAACAAAUCUUAUUGAACAUCAGAAAAAUCACACAGAAAAGAAGCCAUUUUAUUGUUCAGAAUAUGAGUUUGCCAAAAACUUAGAAGAACAUCUUUUUUCUCCAGAUCAUAAAGUAGAAUUUAAUGGUAUUGCACAAGAUCAUUCUCAAGAACAUUUCAUUACCUCGAAGGAAACCUCUGUUCCACACACAUAUUUUUCUACUGAUCCCAGUAACCACAAAGAAUCUUCAUCUGAUCAAUCACUGAAUGAUCAACAAGUUAUAGGCCAUGGAUAUGGUAAAAUAUUUACAUGUUCUGAAUGUGGGAAGAAUUUUAAGACUAAAUGUAGUCUUUGUAGACAUAAGAGAAUUCACAAAAAUGAAAGGCCGUUUUUGUGCUCUGAAUGUGGGAAAUGUUUUAUUCAGAAAUCCCAUCUUGUUCAACAUCAGAAAAAUCACAGAGGAGAGAAACCAUUCUCAUGCCCCAAGUGUGGGAAAUGUUUUACUCAGAAAUCUAGUCUCGGUGACCACCAGAGAAUGCACACAGGAGAGAAACCAUUUUCGUGUUUGGAGUGUGGGAAAUGUUUUACCUAUAAAUUAAGUCUUGCUGACCAUCGAAGAAUUCACACAGGGGAGAAACCUUUUUCAUGUUCAGAGUGUGGAAAAAGUUUCACCAGGAAAUCUAAUCUUGUUGAACAUCAGAAAAACCACACAGGGGAUAAGCCAUUUUCAUGUCCAGAAUGUGAGAAAUGUUUUACCCAGAAGGCCUACCUUUUGAAACAUCAGACAAUUCACUCAAGAGAGAAUUUGUUUUCAUGUUCAGAAUGUAGGAAAUGUUUUACUGUUGAGUCGCAUCUUGUUGCUCAUCAGAGAAGUCACAGAGGGGAGAAUAUGCAGAAUGUUUUGCGGUGAUAUCAGCCCUUGUUACACACAAGAAUCAACACGCAAUACUGA